CUCGUUCCCCGGCGCAGCACAGCAGUUGGCCUCCAAAGACCAGAGCAGAGCACAGCACAGCAGAGCACAGCACAGCACAGCACAAACCGCGCGAUGAACAGGGCAGACGACGAGGACGACGCCACGGCGAAAGCCGUUGCCGCAAUCGAAGAGAAGCUGAUGGGGUUUUCCAAGCCUUUGGAAGCGACCGGGGGUUCCGGGAACGGGUGGGACCCGCGGGGGUUCGGAGCCAGCGGAAGCAGCGGCUCCGAGGGUGCCUCCGGAACCAGCGUCGCCCCUCCGUCGUACUACAAGAUGGACGCCGUCCAGUGGAUGCAGAAGGAACUCGGAGACGCCAGCGGGGCCGAGCCCCUCUUGCGGGCCAACCCCCCCAGGCGGACCCCCCUGAUGGAACGGGCCGGGACCCCCGUGAUGAGCAACUCCACCUCCUCCAGGAGCCCCAGGCGCAGCGCCGGCAAGCGCAGCGGGAGCUACGGGCUGACGGACGCCAUGGACAACGAGAACGAGAACGACAACGAGACCGGCGCCUCGAUCAACGAGCCCGCACCGAUGCAGACCCCCCUGCAGCGCAAGUUCCGGAGCCUCUCGUCCUCGGCGACGCCCUCCUCUUCCCGUCCCGGUGCGGGGACCAAGCGCACGGGCCGGGGAGGGUCCUCGGCGGCGGCGACCUCCGCCGCCCUCAAGCAGUCCGCCUUUCGCAGGCACCACGACGCGCUCCGGGAGUACCUGGUGGCCAAGCGGAGCCUCCACGCGCGGAUGGAACUCGAGCGACGGGAACGGGAGCUCGACCAAGAAGCAAGCAGCGGCGCCGUGGUCCCGAUGGACACCUCCGAAACAACGGCGCCCUCCCCGAGCCUGGCGCAGCAAGAGUCCAGGGCGGAAGUGGACUACUGCAAGACCCUCUGCCAGAUCGCGUACGGCCUGUCCUCCAUCGAGGGCAGCAGCGGCGAACACCCCGAGGGACCGACGGAAGAAGGCCACUUUUGGCAGCUCCUCGCGACGCUGCGCAGGCUCAGCCUGUCGGCCCUCAUCUGGAACGACGAUUCCACCUCCCACACGCAGAAUUCCUCCACGCAGUCCUUUUUCUUGCAGCAGCUCGCGAGCAACGUCCGCAUGACACCGAGGGAGCUGGUCGACGCCAUGUCGCCCUCUACUGCCGACUCACCACGACCACCGCUGGCGAUGCAGCGGAAGCACCAGCUCCUCAAGUGGAUCCAGUCCUGCCUGGAGCUCGAAUCCAAGGACACCAAGUCGAAGGGGAUGGGAACCCGGACGACCCCGAGCCCCGGACACCCCGACGAUCCGGCGGUCCCCUCCCUCGUCUCCGAAACGGACGCCGGCGUUCUCAAGUCGAUGAUGCAGGUCUGUCUGGCUCUCGUUCUGGAGGGAAGGACCUCCGAGGCACGGGAGGUCGCUCGGUCCCGUGGACAGUCGUGGCGGGCCGCUGCCUGGACGGGGGGCGAGCCCUGCGGAUACGAGCCCGUCCUCCGGGACGAAACCAAGUCCGUCGAGCGGGUCCCGGUGGGGAAUCCAAACCGGUUUCUGUGGAAACGCCAGGUCUGGAAGACGGGCCGAAAGGUCCUCCUGCACCACUCGUCACAGAAGGAACAGCAACAAAACAACCAUAGCGUUGGCAUCGAGGAGGCGGCCAUCUAUUCCAUCCUCGCCGACGACGUCCAGAACGCGCUGGAGAAUCCCUGCAUCCGGUCGUCCUGGACCCGGUCGCUCUGCGUCCUGCUCACGGGGAUCCACGGCAGGAUCGAGGACGAGGUCCUGCACCGGCACAACCUUCGCCGCCGCCGCAGCGGGGGCUGCUUUCCCGGACACGAUUGCGAGCAGCACGAAAACGAACAGCUCAUGCACACGGCGCAGCUGGCGGCGAUGACGGAGGGCCAGGUGGCCUCCCUGCUCGAAAACAACCCCUUUCUCAGGCAGCAAGAGGAACAACAGCAACGAAAACUCCAGCCAAGGACCCAUCGGGUCUCGUACAAAUCCGCCAUGAUGGCCUUUGUGGUGGGAAAAUCGGCAAUCCUGGAUUUGUGCCAGCGGGAAACCACCCGGGUCGUUUCCCAGCUGCGGGAGGUCUCGGAGCGGUGUGCCGCUCAAGACGGCAGCGGGGACGACGACUACGUGAACCAGGACUGGGAGGGGGUGCGGUUCCUGACCCACGUGGCGCUCUUCCUGGAUUCCCUGGAGGACUCGUUCACCCCGGUGGUGUGCGAUGGCAUCUCCGAACAAAAGAACGCCAUUCUGUUCGAAUACGUGCAAUACCUCGAAUCGAGGCCCGACCUGUGGCACAUGAUCGCCCUCUACGUCAGCUUCCUGCCCGAGCCCAAGGCGGUGGAGUACUUCCCCACCGUCCUGGCACGGGUCCUCGACGACGCCGAACGCAAGACCAUGAUCGGGCAAAUCCAGGAACUCAUGCCCCCCAUGGAGCUCACCCUUCUCCGCAGGGUUGUUCGGCUCUCGCUCUCGGCACCGAGCUCCGCCUCCGGCACGGACGACAUGGACGCCAUCAAGUGCAACUCGCUCCAGUGGCUCCUGCAAAAAGACGAGCACUCGCCCGACGCCCUCGUGUGCGCCAACAUCCUCCUCCGCGAUUUCUUCCUGGACGAGGAAGAGGACAAGACCCACGCCGCCGGUGCCUUUGUCAGGGACUACCUGCCCGGGGACCUGCUGGACCGGGUGAGAGACACGGUCGAAAACGAAAGCAGCGAGAGCAUCAGCGACGACGGCAUGGACCGGAUCAACAACGCCAACGCGGAAUACCGCGCCUUCCAGAAAUACCUGAGCGCCUACGAGGACUUCGAGCACUGGAAGGAAGUCCUCCGGGAAACCCCCACCGCGCUGGAGGACCACCACCGGAUCCCCAACUACGCGAACCUCAGCGAGAUGGAGAAAAACAUUGCCGAUUCCAACUACCUGCGGACCUGGGUCCGCGAAAAGAAGAAACACCUAGAGCAGACGCUCGGCGCCGCCGAGCGGGCCCGCUCGUCGUGGCACGGCGUCCUGACCCACGAGGGGGGCUGGCUCUUCGUCGACGGGGACGAUGGGGUCCUCGGUGGGGGAGCCGUGGACGCGGAGGAACAAAAGCGCCGGGCCGACCUGGGGACGAUCCGCUCCCGGCACCUGGUCCUGGCCGCCAACCUGUACCACCAGGUCUGCGAGGAAACCGCCUCGUGGCUCUCGAGGAGCCUCGGCGAGGCCGAGGCCCUCCGCCUCUCGCGGGAGGAGGCCCUCCAGCGCCUCGGCGGCGGCAGCGCGAGCGGGGGGUCGGCCGCGCACACCCCGGGGCACUGGUACAAGCACGCCCUGGACCUGGCGACCCUGGUCGCGAGCGACUCGUACGAGAUCCACAAGGCCUUUCCCCGGGCCGACCUCCGGGAGUUCGUCGCCAAGAUCGGCGAAACGGCGGUGUCCGGGCUGAUGAACCCGUAGCCGCGGAGGCAAGGCCGUGCGCUCUCCCACCGGCGGGGGKGCCGAUGCACUGGAUUCCACCCUACAGAUGCUCUGUAUCAGAUCAAACAACGAGGAUUUACCGACCGCAGCAGAUGAAUCAAAUCAAAUCAAAUCAAAUCAAAUCAAACCAGCACAAAGCACAGUACGUAAACCACACACUGUACUAGAUUUCGUCCUUUCACGGUGCUUGUUGUCGUGUUAUUUAUGGAUACAAGGCUGGUCUGUGAUGACCAAAGUAGAUUAUCCUAGUACCGACUGUAUGAGGCUUUUGAAGACGUAGAAUGUCAUGGUAUAUUUCUUAGAAAAGCAAUAGGUUAAUGGUAUCGUUGAGUAGAUUCACCGAAGUACGUACCGUACAGAGCAGUAAAAAUUAAUGAACCGU